GGCCGGCAAUAACUGGGCGCCGGCGGCAUUAGGUCCGCUCUGUUGGGUCUUGUUCCGAAGCUCCGCCUUCGCGCCGGUCUUUCUAGAAACCCAGCUUUGGUCUUGGCCGUGCCUGACAGCGACCCUGACGCUGUGUGUGUCCCCCAUGGCGGAUACGGCUCCAAACGGCCCCCAAGGGGCGGGCGCAGUGCAAUUCAUGAUGACCAAUAAACUGGACACAGCAAUGUGGCUUUCUCGCUUGUUCACAGUGUACUGCUCUGUUUUGUUUGUUCUGCCUCUUCUUGGGUUACAUGAAGCAGCAAGCUUUUAUCAACGUGCUUUGCUGGCAAAUGCUCUUACCAGUGCUCUGAGGCUGCACCAAAGAUUACCGCACUUCCAGUUAAGCAGAGCCUUCCUGGCCCAGGCUUUGUUAGAGGACAGCUGCCACUACCUGUUGUAUUCACUCAUCUUUGUCAAUUCCUACCCUGUUACAAUGAGUAUUUUCCCAGUUUUGUUAUUCUCUUUGCUUCAUGCUGCCACAUACACAAAAAAGAUCCUUGAUGCAAAGGGUUCAAAUAGUUUACCUCUGCUAAGAUCUGUCUUGGAUAAAUUAAGUGCUAAUCAACAGAAUAUUCUGAAAUUCAUUGCUUGUCAUGAAAUAUUCUUGAUGCCUGCUACAGUUUUUAUGCUUUUUAGUGGUCAAGGAAGUUUGCUCCAGCCUUUUAUAUACUAUAGAUUUCUCACUCUUCGAUAUUCAUCUCGAAGAAAUCCUUAUUGUCGGACCUUGUUUAAUGAGCUAAGGAUUAUUGUUGAACAUAUAAUAAUGAAACCUGCUUGCCCGCUGUUUGUGAGAAGACUUUGUCUCCAGAGCAUUGCCUUUAUAAGCAGACUGGCACCAACAGUUGCAUAGUUUAACAUACAGUUAAGUUAUAUAUAAUGUAAAUAAGCAUUAUUUGCAGCUGGUACUUCUGCUGGGGGUUGUUAAUUCCAGGUGUAAAACUGACCUCAAUCCAAUUUACAUAAAUGCAUCUUAAUAGAAAAAUAAUUUUCCUGGCAUGUUAAAUCAAGCCUUUUAAAAAGUUACCAAGAAUCUUUUACUGUGCUGUUAUUAAUGGUUAAGGAAUUUUGUAUCUUGUGAUAAAUGUAUCAAAUUUUUUUUAGACACUGCUGUGCUUUUAUUAUGAAGUACAUUUAUUUCUCUUGUAAAACAGCUCUAAAGUUUGUUUCAACCUAAUUGGUAACCUGAAUUUAUAUCUGGCAUGUGUUCAUUAUUGCAAUAUUAACAUAAAUUAAUUCAGUAUUUUUUGAGACAGUAUUCUUUUGCCUUCAUUAAUUUUGGUUGAUGAUUUUAACAGAAGCACUUCCCAUUGUAUUUGAUUUCAAAUUGUUAAUUAAAUGGUUUUUUUCUGCUUUGUUAGGAUAGAUUUAUUUUGGAUGUUCCAUUAUAAGAGGAAAUCUGUAUGUGUCUUAUGCACAAUUUUAUUUCC